GCAAGCGAACUCGCGUUGACUUCCUCAGCAUGACCUCGUUCCUCCAGUCGGCCGGUGGCUCCCCGCUGAAGGCCCGCAAGAUGGACGCGAACUCGAAGGUCCAGGCCAUGGUGCUGGAGGUAUUCUUCGACGUCAGUGUGCAGGCAAAGGGCCUGGCAUUUGAUGGCGGCAUCGUCGGAGUGCUCGCGGAUGCGGACGAGCUUGUCUGCAGGAAGGAGUCCAAGAACGCAGUUCGUUGGAUGUCCGGCUUGAUUUCCAAGAAUGCGGCCAACGUCCCCGAGUGGGCCACAGCAUUCAAUGCUGGGUUGCCGCAGAACGUCGUGGCCGAGUACAUGAGCCCGUCGCACCAGGACAACCCGACUGCUGUCGUCCAGGAAACGGCAGAGGGCGGCAUUGCGAAUGCCCCAGGUGCGUGGUGCUUCGGGAUGUACACGCAGACCUUCGAGGAGUUCCGCGCCGAGCUGCGCCAACUGAUCGGCGAGGCCAUGGGCGUAAAUGCCGUUGGCCGCCCAGGAGGGUUCUCGCACCAGGGCGGAGCGUCGAAGCUGCUGUUCCGGGAGAACACGAAUUCCACGAACCAUUCCAGGUGGACGUCGUGGCAUUCCGUGCAGAUUCGCCCAGUGGGACUGGUCGCCGACAAGUACGUCGAUGGGCUCCUCGAUCUGGUGCAGGAGUACCCGUUCCUCGUCCCGUCUGGAGCUCUAUGCGCUUGCGCGGUGGAGCGGUUCCGGUCCGUCUUCACGGCCUGCGCCCCGGCGACGGACUUGACCGGAGUGGCCGCGAAGGUGAAGGCGCGCGAGGACAAAUUCAUCGCGGAGCACUUCGCCGCGGUCACGCUGUCCGUGGAUGCGGGGCAGCGCGGGGCGCAGGCAGAGAUGGCGAAAGAGACAACCGCCGCCGGCGUUUUCCAGCUGUCGAUGGCGGGCGGCGUCGCUGAAUCGCCGACGGCGGGGGUGGAGGCGGUUGGCGCUGGCGCGGCGCCGCCGUCAGCGGCCGCGGCGGCGGAAGUGUCGCGCGCCGCCAGCGCGUCCCAGGUGGCGACGGCGGGCGGCGUUGCCGCGUCGAUGGCGAUGUCGUUGGCGGCGGUUGGCGCGGGCGCGGAUGCCGUGCCGCCGGCGCGUGCGCCCGCGGGCGCCCCGGCGGUCGGUGCCGCUUCAAUGGCCAGCGGCGGAGCCUUGGCGGUCCCGGCGGUGGCUCCGCCUGCGGGCGUCGCCGGGGAUGCGCAGGCGCCGGCGCCCGCGGCCGCGCCGCUGGCCCACGCCGUCCCGGCGCCGACCGCCGCCGCGGCGGAGGUGACGGUGGGCGCGUACCUCGAGGCGGCGACGGCGUUCGCAGCGGGGGAAGCGCGGAGCGCAGCGCAGUCUGCGGAGAGGGCGAAAUACCGUGCGUUCAAGGGCAUUCAGCUGGACAUCGCUGCCGCGGUCAAGCGUUUCGUGGAGAUGCCGGGGGUCGGCGCGGAGGCGCUCGCGGGCGCCGUGUCUCGCUGGCCGGCGGCGGCUUUCCCGGCCGACAGGCUCGAGUGGGCGCAGCGCCCGACGAUCAUCGAGGGGGACAUGGCAGCCGCGGCGGCGGCGAGGGGCAUGUCGCCGGAGGCGGCCGUUGCGAAGAUCGUGGCGAAGCUUGAUCGCUUCCUCGAAUCAUUGCAGGCAGAUGCGCAGGCGGCCAUGCUGGCGGACGACAUGGCGAAGCUCGACGGGCUGGAGCCCUUGCUCGACGGCCUGGAGGUUCUGCUUGUGCUCGUGCGCGACAGCCCCCCCACGGGCGACCUCCUGCGCGCCCUGGAGCCCAUGGAGAACGCGGAGACAGUGAGCGCCCUCACCCUCGAUGCCCUCGCCGCGGUUGCCGCGGCCGUGCCGCGCCAGGGCGGCGCCGGGAAGUAG